CAAGGAACCAUUGCCAUAGAAACCUGAAAUAAAUUGAAAUUUAUUAAAAAUUAAAAAAUAAUAAUAAAUAACGUUUUAAAAAUCUUAAAUAAUUAAAAUUUUUAGUAAAAUUAACUCUUCCUUUGGCUACAACUAUGUUCGCUUCACAUCUAUUGGGACGUUUGACAAAAUUCUAUACUUAUCCCUGUUCGAAGGUAACAUUUCUGCUGCCCUUUAACUGCAAAUCUUCCAUGUGUAAUUAUUCAACGAAAAAAGCUCCCAUCACUAGCCGUAAAUCGCCAGUAGGGACAAAAACAGUUCCACCCAAACCCCACCAAAGUUAUACUAGUAAUCCUAGUAAAAAAUCUAAUGGAUUUAAAGCCAAAAGAAAACCACCAGUUCCAAGAAAUUUUGCUACAGAGUUUGCGACACCAAAUACAAAAUUGAAUGCCUCUAUUGGCAGCACUACGAAAACAAUGCCGCAAACUAUUUCCACCUUAGAAGGACUAAGAGAAUUUUUUUCACAUCCCCUAACCUGGGAUCGUAAUAAUGGUUAUUUGAAUUUAUUAUUGGGUUUAGCUAUAUUUGGCUAUAGUUUUUGUACCACAAGCAGUGGAGAAUCGGGUACAUCGUAUGGGGACAAAGGAAAGUAAUGUUAUAUAAUAAUUCAAAUAAAAAUUUUGUAAAUUGGCAGAUUGUGUACUUUAUAAUAAAAAUUGA